UUCAUAUCAUUCAAGGCAUUUUCGGGAAAGGCUUCAGUUAAUUUUUAAUUAAUUUAAUUUAAUAUUUGAGUUCAGUUUGUUUAAGUCUUUCUGUUGUGUGUUUUAUUAACAAAAAAAAUGAAUAUCUUAUCAUUUUUAAUAUUAAUUUGUAUGUGCACUACAAUUUUAUCGACUCCUGGUCCUCAAAAUCAUGACUCUAUAUCUAAGAGUCAGAAUGUUGAGUUCCAGAAAACAGAAAACCUUGCAGCACCUCCUGUCGAUCUUGCACGACCAGUCUUACUUUUACCUGAGUCCAUACCAAUCAAGGAAAAUCAACAGGACAUUAGAAGGGUAAAGCGAUUUAAUUUCGAGAACAACAAUUGAAAACUUGAGUUUGAUGUUUUUAGACAAAGUAUUAUUUACAUAAAAUUAUAUAAAAUUUUAAAUUCAAGUGUGUAUGAAAUAAAUUAUUUAAAAAAAUUUUGUUU